AUGGAUUUGUCAUUACCGUUUCCUCUAGCACUGCCCCUGCAACUGUCAGACUCAAUGCAGCCUGUGACAUGUCCGCUCUUCUGGACUGAAUUUGAGGGUUUCUGUUACCGCUUCUUCCCCUUGAACCGCACAUGGGCUGAGGCAGAUCUGUACUGUGCCGAGUUCUCAAACGGACACAAAUCUGCCAAACUCACCUCCAUCCACAGCUGGGAGGAAAAUGUGUUUGUCUAUGAUCUUGUGAACAGCUGUGUACCAGGAAUUCCAACAGAUAUUUGGAUCGGCCUUCAUGAUAGAAGACAGGAGGGCACUUUGGAGUGGACAGAUGGGUCACUCUAUGAAUACAGUUACUGGGAUGGAAAUCAACCAGAUGAUGGCAUCCAUCGCAUCCCUGAGGAGGAGGACUGUGUGGAGAUCUGGUACAGACAAAACAGUGCACUGAGGUCUUGGAACGACAACAAUUGUGAUAAGGCCUUUCCAUUCGUCUGUAAGAUUCCUACACUGGAAAACUAACCACAGAUCCAAGAUUGUUUAUACAAUUCUUUAUCAUCAACACUGACACCCAACAUCACUCAAUCACAGUGCAGCAACCAGAUGUCAUCUCCAUCCCUGCAGUGAUGAAGGGCUCUCUCCAGCCUGCUUUACUUCAAUUCCCUGCCCCCAUCAUCCUCUCAUCACUGUUGUUAUAGUGCUGUUUUCUUGGUCCUUUGGGGCCAUGAAUCAUGACAUACAUUUCUCUGUUCCACAAAUUUGGAAAUUAACCCUUAAGGUGCUGUUGAUAAUAUUGGACAUUGAUGUUGGUGAUAUUGUUGCGAAUUACAGUUAGUUGUAGCCAGAGACCUGCACUGGUGUCCACAUGCACACACAUUCUUGCAUAUGUGGUUUACG